AUGGCUAGUUUCCUUGGAACAAUAUUUUUGGGUUUACUCUUUUCAGUAUCCUUUGGACAAAGUCAGUUUUUGGGACUCUUCAAUUGGCCGGGAACUUCCGACGUCGAUUUUGAUGUAGACGAAUGGGAAGACAAUGUCGGCGUUGAUGAACAGCGAAAUAUUAGCUGGUGGUGGAAUGCUGAACAUUCUGGUAGACUAGCUUUGCAUAACUCAAUCACCAACACUGGAUUGGUUAUAGAUAGUAGAACAGGACUAGUUGCUUUAGAAGAGUUCAAAGGCGAUAAAGCAGUUAUUGACUUUGGUUAUGAAUCAGGUUUUUUUGGGAAAAGUUCUGCAAAAACAGCUGGAGAGUUUGAAUCUAACUUGAAAAAAUACGAUAUUGUGAGUGAAGCGAAGGGUACUCCUAAGUAUCCAAUGGUACAGGCACAUACAAAAACUAACAAAGAAAUAAGAGAUUUACUCAUUAAUAUUCUUCGAAAAAUUUGUCCCGCAUUUGUCGACUUGUUUUUCCAAAUAAAAGGUAACCAUAUUAUGAUGGAUGAUUUGUUCAAUAAAUUAAUAAACAUAUCUAUAGAUAUUUCAGACCAUUCUCCAAACAAAGCAAUUUGUGUCGUAAAAAUUAUUUUAAUUCCUAUCGUGUAUGUACUAAAGAUGUACCUACGUAUAAUGUUUGCACCUCAAAUACAAGCCUGGUAUACAUUUAAAGCUGGACUUCGGUCCUUUCUUAUUAUUUUUAAAUGGCUGAUUAAACUUUUUAAGGCAUCGGUAGGAAUUGCAAAGCUUAUAAAAUCUGGUGCCAAAUUUAAAUUAAAUAUGGUAAUGGAAGCUGCUAAUGGUGCACUGGCCCUAUAUGAAAUUCUAAAAGAAAUUGGUUCAAAAAACAAUUUAAUAAAAAUUUGGCCAAAUUUGUUUAACUUACCAGAAAAUUUUUGCAAAUUGAUUAAUGGCUUGGGUGGAAUGGUGUCGGCUGGAGUAAAUGGCCUAUUUGGAAUCUUUUCGAAAAUUUAUCAAUUCCCAUUUGGUUGGAUUGGGACAUUGAAAAAAUUCGUUAAUACUAUAUUAGAUUGCAUCAGUGGAGGGCGGCCUACUAAUCGGGACAUUGAUGAGGCUGCUGAUAAAUUACUAGAGGUUUCCAGACGAAAAAGAUCACCGAAACUUAUGAUAGUAAUUUGUUCUGUUAAAAAGGAAAUGGGAUGUGUCGAAAAGAAACUUGUGCUUGAAAUAAGAUUGUUGACGGUUAUCAUUCAAUGUAAUGGAGUGGUUAGUUUAAGAACUGUUGUCCUUAAUGAGAUAAAACUGCUGACGAUUAUCAUUAGACGUAUUGAAAAGGGAAAGGGUAACUUCAAAAUUAAAGGACUCAGUAUUUCAAGACUUGUCAACAUAAUAAAAAAAGCCUCCGCUACAGCAAAGACGACAGUUAUGGAAAUAAUGAAUUUAUUGAAUCCAUUCGCUCCAAUGAAAAACAUUGUGGCGAGGUUAUUUGUUGAUACGAUUGUGUCACUGAAUACGACAAAGGGCCCUUUAUAUGUGAGCCGACUUUUUCCGAACAUCGAAAUAUCCGAUUCCGCUUUGAAAGGGACUAACAGAAAUUUGGCCGUCGAUUUAAUAGUUCCUGAUAAAAUCGACCUAUCUGUGAUGAAUCUUCCUACAACCAAAAUGCUCAGAUCGAUUCCUAUAGUGAAGGAAAUUUAUGGGGAAUUUGAUGAAGCAGCUCUGGAGUAUACCAACUCUACAUUGGAGUUUUUGUUGACAAAUGAACAUGUGGAAGAAUUGGUUGAAUUUACUACAACCCUUGUUGGAUUACGCAAGUAGACAAUAGUUUGUUGCUUAUAUUUAUUUAUCCGAAUUUUUUAUAUUAUUGUUAUAUGUACUUCAAUUAUAUAAGUAAUACAUUUUAAU